AUGAGUAUGGACGCUGGCGGUCUUGCUCAGAUGACGUACAAUUCUUCUUUCAAUGGCGGUUCUCUUGGCGUUCCCGGUUCUGGUUUCGCUUCUCGAGGGAAGGGCUCCCAUAUCAAGCGCUUGAGUGUGCCUCCUCCCUCUCAGAUCUCCACGAUCGAUGAAUCUCAGCCUCCCGCGACGGCCGCCACCCCGCGGACCAGUCGUUCUCAUCUCCUGGCCGGAUUGCGGACUGCUCCCAAGUCUGCCACAAUCCCUCCCUCUCACCAACAGCAGCAACAGCAGCAACAGCAGCGUGUUGGCCUCGAAGGAAACAGAAAUGGCAAUCGCAAUGCCGAUCGCAUUCCUCAGACGGCUACCGGUGCUACGUUUCCUCAGCACAUGUACGGCGUCGACGCCACCUCCAACAAUAUGAAUUUCAACCUGGGCAUGAUGAACAUGGGACAGCCCUUGUAUUCCCUUCCGGAGCAGGUUUUGGCCCCUCCAGCGAUCGACCUGCGUGAGGGCGAGACGAUGGACGAGAAGCUGUAUGCCGAGCUCAUGUCGACCAAUCUCUUCUUGCAAGCCCAGCAGCAGCGCUUGCAGCAGCAACUGAUCAAUGUCACUCAGCAAUUUCAGAACUUGAAUAUGGGACUGAGCCACCAGCAGCAGCAGCAGCAGCAGCAGCAGCAGCAACCGCAGCUUGCGUCCUUCUUUCCGGGCAUGAGUCUCUACCAGCAACAGCUCCAGCAGGGUAUGCAGCCUGUUGUUCAGCCUGUUCCGGGUCAGCCGGGCCUGUACUCUGUCUACAAUCCCAUGACCGGUCAGCAAAACUUUGUGUAUGACAACAGUGUUGGUGCUCAACAGCAGGAUUCGGCGCCCCCGUCGUACCGGGAACAGACGCAGCAGUCGCCCGUCGCGAAUCCCCCACCAUUCCGCGCUGAAGUCUCUCCUCCCCCAGAGUCUACCGAAUCUCCCAAAGAUUCAUCAGGCGCCGUCUCACCCAAGAACAGCCCGUCUCCGCCCCAGGGUGCGACUUCUUCGCCUUCAGCCAACGCCUUCCGUCGGGGUCAUAAGAAGAGCUCUUCAUUUGCCCCCGGCCUGAAAGCGAAUAUCGAUGUUGCUCGCGCGAACGGGAGUGGUCCAAGGUCUGCGGGAUUCCCUCAGACCCCGGCGACCGGCACCUUCGGUCCCGGACAGGGCCGCGCAGGCGAGCACCCGAUCCGCCAGCCCCGUGGUCCCCCAUCACUCGAAGAGCUCAUCGCCAAGCCGACCUCGAAGCAUGAGGGAAGCAAAAACUUUGCCACUCGUCAGCGGCGUCGUGCGGUUCACAGCCUGGUCCGGGCCGGGAUUGAGCGUCGCGGUGAGUCGCGAAGCAACCACGGCAGCGGCGGCAGUAACACGCCAGCCAGCGAGACCGAGUUUGCCUUCUCCUCUGUGUCGGAUGGAGAUGAGAGCCGUCGGGGCAGCGGAAGCCUUUCGAGCAAGCCCAGUCUGGGAAGUCUGCGGGCCCUUGCCAACGGCGCGAUCGGUUCCGAGAUGAAGGAGAAAGACCGAACAUCUCGCGAGCGGGGGUCGAUGGACAGUCUGUACACCGUCACAACGACCACCACCAGUGGUGAGGACAGCCCUGGGUUUGGUGGGAAGGUGUCACCACCAUCCGCUGCUGCGGUUGUGGCGGGUCACCGGACUGUGUCGCAGAACUCGGAGAGACGCAAGACGCCGAUGCUGGUGCUCUCCAGCGCUGAGAAGCGUAAGAGCCCGAUUGUGUGA